AUGUCGACCUAUACGAUCAUAGUGGAUGAUAGGGAUUCAGCGAUAGUAUAUUCACCACAUCCAUCGCAAUCUGGCGGAAGACAAAUCGACGGCUGGGUGUGCCUCCGAGUCGCCACAGGACUGAUACGGUCUCCAGCAUCUAGCGCCACCUACCUUGGAACGGUAACACAAUCCGGGAUGAAUGGGUCGAGCUUAACGUACACUUUUCUAGGAACUUCCAUUUCUGCGUGGGCCGCAAUAAAUGGAUCAAAUAUCAACACAGAUAUCAUUUAUGCAUUAGACGAUGGUAUUCCUACGCUUCACACCGUCGAGUCUGAGACUGCGGACGUGACACUGUCUCAUCAAAAUAUCUUCACCAUCGAUUCACUAUCAAUUACUACCAAUCACACUAUCGAAAUCACUAUCUUGACACAGACGAACUCGUCCAACUUUCUUUUCGAUUACUUCCUUAUCGAAACGGCCUCCAAUUUUUCAAUAAAGAACUCGCCCGCGUCCGUACUCCUCAUCGACGAUACCAGCCCUUACUUGGAGUACAGCUCGGAAGCAGACUGGACUAAUAACACUCCAUACCUCAACGACAAUAACGUGAUGAACGCGAGCUCCAAGGGGGCCAUGAAGGAAGGCGCCACACUGUCCUUCAGUUUCACAGGGUGGGCGGUCAUUGUGUAUGGGAUAUCCUUAAAUAGCACGGCACCCGUUGCUACAUAUACACUCGACGGUGGUGUUCCAACCGGUGUACGCGUCACGCCCCACCCAGGAGCAUGGGUAAACUUUGCCUUCAUAAGCGCAACGUUCCCUCUAUCCCGAGAAGAGCAACAACAUACACUCGAGAUCACCGCAAGCGAGCCGAACCAAUUUUACCUCGACUACAUUACAGUCCAAUCGUCAAAGGCAUAUAUACCCUCGCUCAGUCCCACGCAGUCGAACGAAUCAGCUUCAUCUACCAGCAUGAGCAUCAAUACGGCUACAUCACCUGCGUCGGUACACCAUUCGCACGUCACAUCAAUCGUGGGCUCGGUAGUGCCUGUCAUUUUAUGUAUCAUUGCUCUGGCGGCUCUUUCAGUUUGUAUUUGGCGAAGAAGGUCCGCCGCGCGCCGAAAGACAGUAUUACGGGAGACAAUCGACCCUAUGCUCCUCGUCCAUGGAGCGCAGAGGAGCAACGUGAAUGAAGCCACGUCGGAGACUAUCACACCGUUCAUAUUACCUCCAACAUCUGCUAUGCCCAGCGAUCCAAAACGGACCACAAAUACUCGAGAUCUGCCUAUCACGCACUCCCGGCAUACUUCGCUCCCGUCGCUCCCAUCCCAAAAUGAGGUCUCAGGAGAUAACAUCAUUGAUAUUUCCGCAUUUGUUGACCAGGAGAUCCCAUUCAUGCCCGGGCCUCCUCCCAGUUACGCGACUGCAUGA